GAGUGGAAGCGCUAGAAUCUCGAACCGUGGCGACAUUUUCAGCUCAUUUCAUUUCCUCUUCAUCUACAGGCCCAAAUAGGACUGUCUGCUCUCAAACCCACAACAGCUGCAUGCUCGGGACAAACCGGAGCCCAAGCCCUCAGAAGAGAAGCAGACGCUCAUGCGCGAUAUUCGCUGGCUCUGAUGGUUCUCGUCUGAUGCUCAGAGACUCCAGCUUCAGUCCUCAGCAUGUCUGCUCUACAGGUGUCGUGGCCGCCGGGCACCGAGUGUGUGGCCAAGUAUAACUUCCAGGGCAGCACAGAACUGGACCUGAGCUUCUGUAAAGGAGACCUGCUGACCAUCAUCGGCGUUACCAAGGACCCGAACUGGUACAAAGCGAAGAACUCUGUUGGCCGAGAGGGAAUGAUUCCAGCAAACUACGUCCAGAAGAGAGAAGGAGUCAAAUCAGGAGGAAAGCUCAGUCUGAUGCCGUGGUUUCACGGUAAGAUCACGCGUGAGCAGGCGGAGCGUCUGCUGUAUCCGCCGGAGACCGGGCUGUUCCUGGUGCGCGAGAGCACAAACUACCCCGGAGACUACACGCUGUGUGUGAGCUGCGACGGCAAGGUGGAGCACUACCGCAUCAUCUACCACAGCGGCAGACUGUCCAUCGACGAGGAGGAGUACUUCGACAACCUCAUGCAGCUGGUGGAGCAUUACACCAAAGACGCUGAUGGUCUUUGUACACGGCUCAUCAAACCCAAGCUGAUGGAGGGGACGGUGGCAGCACAGGACGAGUUCUCCAGGAGUGGAUGGGCUAUGAACAUGAAAGAUCUCAAACUCAAACAUACCAUCGGCAAAGGAGAGUUCGGAGACGUGAUGGUGGGAGAAUACAGAGGGACCAAGGUGGCAGUGAAGUGCAUCAAACACGACGCCACGGCUCAGGCUUUCCUCGCUGAAGCUUCAGUCAUGACUCAGAUGAGACACACUAACCUGGUGCAGUUAUUAGGGGUGAUCGUGGAGGAACGAGGCAGUUUGUUCAUCGUGACUGAAUACAUGGCUAAGGGCUGUCUGGUGGAUUACCUGCGCUCUCGAGGACGGACCGUGUUGGGCGGCGAGUGUCUGCUCAAGUUUUCUCUGGACGUCUGCGAGGCCAUGGAGUAUCUGGAGGCCAAUAACUUCGUGCACAGAGAUCUGGCGGCUCGUAAUGUGCUGGUGUCCGAUGAUAACAUCGCUAAAGUCAGUGACUUCGGACUGACCAAAGAGGCGUCGUCCACUCAGGACACGGCCAAGCUGCCCGUCAAAUGGACGUCGCCCGAGGCGCUGCGAGAGAAGAAGUUUUCCACUAAAUCUGACGUGUGGAGCUACGGCGUUCUGCUGUGGGAGAUUUACUCUUUCGGACGAGUGCCGUACCCCAGAAUUCCGCUGAAGGAGGUGGUGCCGCGGGUGGAGAAGGGCUAUAAGAUGGAGGCUCCUGACGGUUGUCCGGUGGUGGUGUAUGACCUGAUGAAGCAGUGCUGGACGCUGGACCCGGCCGGACGACCCUCGUUCCGUCUGCUGCGAGAGAAGCUGCAGCACAUCAGAGCCAAAGAUCUGCAGCUGUGAGGAACAUCUGACCUCCUCGCUGUGCUGGAGACUGGACUGUUGAUCUGGACGCUGACGUGUGUGUGUGUGUGUGUGUGUGUGUGUGUGUGUGUGUGUGUGUGUGUGUGUGUGUGUGUGUGAGUGUGUGGCAGUACUCGCUCCUCAUCUCCUUUGCUUCUCUGUUCUGUGAGGAAGGCUGGUCUUUUCUCUCUCGCUCCGGUCUCAUGAAAACACACAACUCAUAUUUCACGCCAAAAUCAAAAUAUAAAGUUGAAUUUUAAUUUUAAUUCAUGUUAUACAUCCAGGUUUUAUUUUGUAGUUGUCAUUAUUCUCAAUGAUGAUUACUGUACUCUUAAUAAAAACAUUGUGUUACAAAGAUUUAAAUGACAUUUGAAUUGGCAUAAAAUAAUUGUAAAUCAUUUUAAUGUAAAAAUUAGUAUACAUUUUUCUUCUCUCCUUCAAAAGUAUAAAACUGAUGUAAACUAUGGUUAUAUAUAUAUAUAUACAUGUAUAUAAAAAACAUUUAAUGUGAAAGGCUGUUUCCACCAUGGAAUAAAAAUAAAUGAAUAAAAGUAAUUGUUACUGUUAAUUGCUACUUCAUCUCUCAGUUCUGAGUUCUUCACUUCUUAAUUCCGAGAUAUACAUUUAUAGUCACUUUUUUUUAUGUUGCAGAAACAAGCUUCCAGUUUUUACUACCAUCAUGUACAAGUGUUUUUGUUGUUUUUGCAUUAGAGUGAUGAACAUUUGAUUAGUUUGCAUUACAGAAAUAUGAAAGAAUUAAUUGGCACUAUUUUUUAAAGCAAGAAUUGUUUUCAUUGUGAUUUUGUGAUGAAUUUUGAGCUGCACGUGUUCUUCAUGAGAUCCACCGCUGUCGUGUGUGUGUGUGUGUGUGUGUGUCGAAGUGCCUGCUGCAGUUGACAGAGCAGUGCCUGUGUUCCUCUGACAUCUUUAAAAUCUUGUUUUUUUUAAUGAGUCUUUUAUUUUUUUGUAUUUGUUGAUUUGUCAUCUGUGACGAAAUGGUGUUUGUGUUCACUAGCACAAUGAGCUGGGAAACACACACACACACACAUCCCAGCUGAGCUCACGUGCCUGCUAUCUCUCUCUCUCUCACACACACACACACACACACACUCCCUCUAGUGGACUGGGAGGGUCAGUCCAUCACAACUCUGUUUUAUAUUAAAAUCUAUUUAAGAUGGACUCGUGCAUGCUCAGAGAGGCCUUGAGUAACGUGUCAGUGCUUUCAAUGUUCAUUGUUUUAAUAUUCUUCCAUGAUUAUGAAUAAAUCAUUCCAUCUGACCAGCA